GACCUCAUGCCUCACCCCUUCCCCGUCGGCCCCCGACUCCCCGAGUCGCCAUUGCCUGCCCUCGUUCGGCUCGAUCCCCGCACUACAGCGCCCGCCACCAACCCCGCCCGCGCCUCCGCUACUAAAGCCGAGGCCUCACCCACCACCUGACCACCAUGCUCCUCCCCCUCCUCAGAUCCCACCCGCUCCUCCACCACGCCGCGCGCCUGUCCUCCCCACGCACCCGCCUGCUCCUCCGCCGCGACGCAAUCCCGCUCGCACGCUCCCCGCCUAUCCGCAUGGCGGCCUCGUCCGGCUCCGGCGCCAGCUCCCCUGCCUCGGCGCCGCCAGCUGCCGUGGUGCACAAGUCAAAGAUCAAAUUUUGCCCUGCUUGUGGAAGUCCAACGAAACUGGCCAUACCUGAUGGCGAUGAGAAGAUGAGGGCUGUUUGUUCUUCUUGUGGAAGAGUUCACUAUGAAAACCCCAAAAUGGUUGUUGGUUGCCUUGUUGAGCAUGAUAAUAAGGUUCUCCUUUGCAGAAGAAAGAUUGAACCAGCUUAUGGUCUUUGGACACUUCCUGCUGGUUAUUUAGAGGUGGGGGAGUCUACUGCUGAAGGAGCCUCUAGAGAAACAUUAGAAGAAGCAUGUGCAGAUGUAGAGAUAGUCUCGCCUUUUGCUCAGUUGGAUAUUCCACUGAUUGGCCAAAGUUACAUUAUUUUCCGAGCAAGAUUGAAGACCCCCAACUUUUCACCUGGGCCAGAGUCGCUGGAAUGUGCACUUUUUGCUCUGGAUGAUAUACCAUUCGAUUCUCUAGCAUUUUCUUCAAUCAUUGUCACCUUAAGGAUGUAUACUGAAGAUGUGAGGUCUGGAAGCAUCAAAUUUCACUAUUGCACGAUAAACAAAAGGUUAGGAGCCAGCCCUUCAGAUCUUCGGAGUUUCGAUAUUGAUAACCAUAUAGCCGUGUGAGGUUGAAAGGUUCUAAACCUUUUGCGAUUGAGGAGAAUGGUUUUGGCAUACAACAGGCGCGCGCGCACACACCAUUGGAGCCUUGUUUGGCGCCUCCCUGCACAUUGGAACAGAUUUAAAGUAGGUGCUGGAACUGUAAAUGAUUCGGUAUCAAAAAGGCUGGUUUAGCCAUUUUAGGAGAUUAUGCGUUUCGAUUUCAUGGGAGUUGGGAGGACAGAAUUGUAUCAUAGUGCAGUAACUCUUGGUUGUAGGAUUGAGUUAUCCUGCAUGCCAUGGUUGUGGCGCUUCGUCAGCGACCGAAUGCUGUAAUGUGGUUACGAUUCUCUGAGCUCCUUUUCAACCAUUAAUUCCAGUUGUAAAGCC